AUGGCCGAAAUCGUGCUGCGCGACGCUCGUUACUCGGAGCUGCCAGAGAUUGCCCACGUCAUGGCCCAGGCCUUCUGGCACGACAACCUCUUUGGCGAGCACAUACACCCCCAUCGCGACGAGUAUCCCGCCGACGUCGACCUGUACUGGCUGCGCCGCGCCCGCGUCAGCUUCUGGGACUACCGCUUCAAGUGGCUCGUCGCCGUGAGCAAGGGCGAAGACGGCCGGGAGGUGAUUGCCGGCGCGGCGCAGUGGUCCCGACUGGGUGAAGGGGGACGGAAGCUCGAGUGCUGGACCUUGGAUCCUCGAAACCUGCUCAUGCCCCUGUCGGCCGCCGCCAUGAGGGUGCACGCCUGGUUGUGGCCGAACCGCGCGUGCGACCCGGCGCGCGAGAACGUCAUCGAGCGCGCCUACCCGUGCUUCAAGGGCACCUGGAGCGGCGACCGCGCCGAGUCGUGGUAUCUCGAGUCGCUGACGGUGCGCCCGGACUUUCAGGGCAAGCACGUCGGGCAGAGGCUGGUGCAGUGGGGGCUCGACCGCGCCGAGGCCGAGGGCGUCGUCGCGUCCGUCAUCAGCUCGUGGAAGAUGGACGGCUUUUAUGAGCGCUGCGGCUUUGACGAGCAGCACGGCAACGCGACGCACGGCGAGGGGAACCCGCUGGCGGGCAUAGACGGCGCCAACAUGCACUGGAGGUGGCCCAAGACGAGGCAGUGA